AUAUAAUCAUUGAAAUACAAUGUUUAGUAAAUUAAUGAAAUUUAAUUACUUAAUGAUUAACACUAUUUCAGUGAAUACAUUGAAAUGCAAAUCAAAUGUCAAUUAUAGUCAAUACAGGAGUCAGUCAUCGAUGAGGACAUCAAUUGAUGUCCAAAAUGACAGUUUCAUCACAACUCCGAUAUUUUAUGUCAACUCAGUUCCACACAUCGGACACUUAUAUUCAGCCAUAAUUGCUGAUACUAUUCACCGAUUUAACCGAUUGUUAGCCAAAGGAGAGACCAUAUUCUCGACGGGAACCGAUGAACACGGCAUUAAAAUCCAGAGAGCGGCUCAACUCAAUGGUAUUGAAACCAAAGUAUUUUGCGACCAAAUAUCACAUGAAUUUAGGAGUCUUUUUAAAUUAUCGGACAUUAGUUUUACUCAUUUUGUCAGAACUACUGAUGAAAGUCACAUAAAUGCUGUGAAAAGAUUUUGGUCGACAAUUAUGAACAAUGGUUUCAUUUACAAGUCAUCCUAUGAGGGCUGGUAUUGUUGUUCAGACGAGACAUUUGUUAGCGAAUCGCGAACUUUCAUUAAUGAAGACAAAGUGAGAGUUUCAGUAGAGUCGGGAAAUCCGGUCGAGUGGUCGGCAGAAGAUAAUUAUAUUUUCAAAUUAAGUUUAUUUAAGAACUCGAUUCUCGAUUGGAUUAAUUCCGGACAAGUUUUUAAACCUCCAGUUUUUGGUGAUAUUCUUAAACAUGAAGUCGAGAAAGACUUGCGAGACAUUUCUAUUUCGAGACCUAAAUCAAGAGUCAAUUGGGGUAUUGAAGUGCCAAAUGAUUCCUCACAAGUGAUAUACGUUUGGUUUGAUGCACUUAUUAAUUAUCUAACUGUUUCCGGUUAUCCAAAUAAUUUAAAUCAUUUAUGGCCACCAACUUGUCAGGUGAUUGGCAAAGAUAUUCUUAAAUUUCACGGUAUAUAUUGGCCCGCAUUUUUGAUGGCCGCUGGUUUAGAUCCACCAAAGACAUUGUUAUGUCACUCUCAUUGGCUUAAAGAUGAUAUUAAAAUGAGUAAAAGUAGAGGCAAUGUUAUCGACCCUUUCGAGUCUAUUAAGACCUUUACUAGUGAUGGCUUUCGUUAUUUUCUGUUAAGACAGGGAUCCCUUCAUACAGAUUCAAAUUAUAAUGAAUUAAAAGUUAAACAAUAUUUAAACGCUGAAUUGGCUGAUACUUACGGCAAUUUGUUGAGUCGGUGUACGUCUAAAGCCAUUAAUAAAAAACAAAUUUAUCCCAAAUUUUCUUUAGACGACAUAAAACUAGUUGAAUGCGAAUCAUUACAACUAAUUAAUUUGACAAAACAAUUGCCAACAAUUUGUAAAGAUUAUUAUUUAAGUGGAAAUUUUCAUUUAGUUAUCAAUGAAAUUAUGAAUUGUUUGCGAAUGAAUAACAAUUUCUUUAAUGAUAUGAAACCAUGGCUUUUGGCAAAACAAGACAAUGAAGAAUACAAACUCCAAAUGGUUUUGUAUAUAACUUUAGAAACAUUAAGAGUUUGUUCAAUACUUUUACAACCAAUUGUUCCCAAUCUUUCCAAUCAAGUCUUAAAUAAAUUAAAUAUCAGUCUAACUGAACGCUUAUGGAUUAAUGCGGAACAGGCUUUCUAUUCAAAUGAUUAUAUGUCUGAAUCCAUUAAACUAAAGCCUUUAAGUUUACAAAAAUCCAUUAUUUUUGCUAAAAUAUAA